ACCUCUACCAGUCACAACUACUUUUCUUGCAAAGUAUAUCAGAGAAUCUGCAACCCAUGUCACUUUAACUACCUCCUGGAAACCGUCGCUGCGCAUCGUUUUCCGCACCGUCGGCGGCCGUUCUACCGCCGGCCAUUUGUUUAUCACUAGUAGUUGGAGUAUUUGAGAGAUUGAUCCUUCGUGUGUGCGUGUAAGAGGUCGAUCUUGAUCAGAUUUUGGGGAGGAUCAAGGUUUUGUAUUAUCUGAGGGUAAAAGGAGGUAAUUGUUGCAUUGUUGGAAAUGGGGGUUGAUUAUUACAAUAUAUUGAAAGUUUCGCGGAAUGCGACGGAGGAGGAUGUGAAGAAAUCGUACAAGCGGUUAGCGAUGAAGUGGCAUCCGGAUAAGAAUGCAGUAAACGCUAAGGAAGCAGAGGCGAAGUUCAAGCAGCUGAGUGAGGCGUAUGAUGUAUUGAGCGAUCCACAGAAAAGGCAGAUCUACGAUUCGUAUGGAGAGGAAGGGCUGAAAUCUGGUUUGCAUCCGCCGCGGAGUUCGAAGGGCAGAGAUUCCGCGUCUAAGGGUUUCAAGUUUAGUCCGAGAGAUGCGGAGGACAUUUUUGAGGAAUUUUUCAGUGAACUGGAUGGAGGGAAAGGUAAGUGCGCCGUUGGCGGCGGAGGAAGGCUGAAGAAGGCGGCGGUUAUGGAGACCAAGUUGCCGUGUAGCUUGGAGGAGCUGUACAAGGGGUCGAAGAGGAAAAUGAAGAUAUCCAGAAUCGUUCUUGACGAUUCAGGGAAGCCGGUAACUGUUGAAGAGGUCUUGUCUAUACAUAUUAAACCCGGUUGGAAAAAUGGAACGAGGAUUACUUUCCCCGAGAAAGGGAACCACGAACCAGGUGCUGCACCGGGUGACCUGAUAUUUGUUGUAGAUCAGAAAUCUCAUCCUGCUUUCAAGAGGGAUGGAAAUGAUUUAAUAAUCAAUCAAAAGAUAUCUCUAGUGGAUGCUCUUACAGGAAAGUCUCUCAGCAUAAAAACCUUAGACGGAAGAGAUAUAUCUGUUCAAGUAACAGACAUUGUUAAGCCUGGAUAUGAACUUGUAGUUGAAAACGAAGGUAUGCCCAUAUCUAAAGAGCCUGGCAAAAAUGGUGAUUUGAGGAUCAAAUUUAAUAUCAAGUUCCCUUCAAGGCUUACUUCCGAACAGAAGUCAGAUUUGCAGAGGAUCUUGGGCAGAUCAUCGGGGGCCACACCAAGAAGCCGUGAAGUCGACAACCACCUGCAUCAUCCGAAAACAGAUGAUCAGAAACCCCAAGACACCAGCAUGAAAUAGCAAAAGUACAUUCUUACCAGUUUGUUGCUUUGCUUUGAUGCUUCGAAAUGGACUUUGAGCUUUGACGAUGAGUGAAAUGCAAUAACCUGACCGUGUCCGUCGAAUCUUGUAGGCGGCAACGGAUCGGAGACAUGGGAAACACUGGCCCCCAUCUUAGUUUCUUCUCCAGAUUUGUAGAAUGGAGUGUGGAUCGUCUAAACUGAGGUAACCAUUCCCUUUUAUACUGGUCAAAAGAGUUUGGGCUGUUCAUUUUAUUUUGAAGCUUUUUGGAGAAAUGUUAGAUAUGGGCCUGCAGAAUAUGUUCUUGAUUAGGACAUGCUGGUGUGUUGUCCGUUGGUUUAAAUAUGUCAGUUUAGGCAUAAUUAGGUUAUGUGUUUUUAAAAGAAGGUGAAGACAUUGGAGCCGUUGCUUGUAAAUACAGCUUUUUAUGGUUUGAUGAUU